AUGGCAAUGAGCACUCAGACCCAGGCAGCCUGCCUCCUGUUUCUUCUCCUCACCAGCAUGACAAGUGGCUCGGUUGUCCCCUACCAGACAACACAGCUUGCAGACCACCAGGCUCAGAACACAGUUGAAGCCAAGGAUGGCUGGACGCCUUUGCUCCAGGGUCGAAGGAGGCGAGAUACCCACUUCCCCAUCUGCAUGUUCUGCUGUGGCUGCUGCCAUAAGUCAAAAUGUGGGAUUUGCUGCAAGACAUAA